UUUUGCAGCUCUAUCGAGCAGGCUUCGCUUUGCUCAUCCCCCAAAAAAAAUCAACAACAAAAAUCGCCGUCGACGACAUAUUUUAUUUUGGCAAGCAAACGCCGCCGACAAAAGCAAAAAGGCGCGCUUGAACACAAGGACUUCAACCCGAGGUGGUCAUUUGCUGGAACACAGCUGCUGUUAGAGUUAGAAGAUCCAAGCGAGAGUGCGAAAAUGGAUGACUCACGCGAAGAAAGCCAGUUCAUCGUGGACGACGUUAGCAAGACAAUUAAGGAGGCCAUCGAGAGCACCAUCGGCGGCAAUGCCUACCAGCACGACAAGGUGAACAACUGGACCGGCCAGGUGGUGGAGAACUGCCUCACCGUGCUGACCAAGGAGCAGAAGCCGUACAAGUACAUAGUGACUGCCAUGAUCAUGCAGAAGAACGGGGCUGGCCUGCACACGGCCAGCUCCUGCUAUUGGAACAACGACACUGACGGAUCCUGCACAGUGCGCUGGGAGAACAAGACCAUGUACUGCAUUGUCUCCGUUUUCGGGCUGGCCGUCUAGAGGCCAGCUGAGGACCGGAGGGUCGUCCAGGAGAACGAGGAGGAAGAGGAAGUCAAUAAUCGAUACUAACUAAUAAGGGGGGAGGGAAUAACAAGAUUGCCGUCGGAGCCCAGGCACUUUUCGGUCGGCUAGCCUGCUACGAGGACGAAAUUAACCAUGAACCACAAUCGAGUUGGAGACAUGUUGUAUCCCAAGGAAUUAAGCGCCUAAUGUUACUCUUGAUUUUCAAUUUAAAAAACCCUAAAUAAAGUAAUGUAAAAAUAAUGAA